AUGAAGGCCCUCAAGGACGACCUGAGCCUGGCGUUUGAGUCUCCGCAGGAUGAGCACCACCACCUCUCGGCUUUCUUGGCACUGAAGCAGGGUCGUCUGUCAAUGCUGGGCUAUAUCCAGCAAGCAAGACACCUGGCGUCCAGUAUCGUCACCAAUCUGAUCAAUAUGAUGACGCAAUUAUGCAUGCUCGUCACGGGAAUGAACGCUGGGCAUCAGCUUUUUUACCUGACGCGAAAGCCCCCUACGUCAAUUGAAGAGGCGUUUGCGAUCGUGUUGCGUGAAGACUUCUGUGUCAUGGCUUUGCGCAUAAAAUAUUCUUCGCCUCCUCCUGCUACUCAAGAUCCUGGGCCCAUGGAAGUCGACGUGAUUGAGCACGCCACAUACUCUCGGCGUGCUCCGAACGCCAGAUUCCGGAAGCCUGUAGCACCGAAACGGCUGGUUUGCUUCCGCUGUAGUAAGCCUGGUCACCACGCGGCUAUAUGCCGUGCACCUGCACCAGUCCUUUCUGUCGCUGCGUCUGGCGUCACCGUCAGCGCUGAUCAGCCAAUAAAUGACGGCAACCACCCCGCUGUGCACUAUGCACAGCUAAAUGCCACCACGUCCAGAAAUGAUCCGCGAUUGAUCGUGCCUAGUUUUUAUGUUGACGGUGCGUCACGUCCACUUCGCGCAUUGCUGGACUCAGGCGCGACGAACAAUGUUGUCCGCGCCGAAAGUUUACCCGUUAUCCCGUCGCGGUUGCGUGUCCACGAGUCUUGA